AUGCACGUAAAGAAACACCCUUACCUAAAUCUUUCCUCUCUGGACGUUUGCCCUGUCGAGUUUCCCAUGAUGGCCCUUGCCGAACCCGUCCGCCAAUCAAGCUAUCCAUCCUCAACACCCGAAGUUGGACGGCUUCGACGACAUCUUGGUUUCAACCCUUGGUCUGGUGCCUCGGCGCAGAUUGACAGGCUUGGGUGCCGUGCAUCUCGACGUUGUCCAUCCAGAUUCACCAUCCGCUGUCCAUCGCACGAGACUCAAGGCGAAGGAUGUCCGUCUUUCAGGGUUAUCAACCAAGGUUUCCGAACAACCCUCAACAGACGAGCCGCGGCAGCCUGCCCGAGCGCACCAUUGUCAGAUCUCAUGCUAGAUGAUGACGGCGUCCGCGCCAGAAUCAGAAAACCGCCGCCCCAGCUCCUGGCAGAUGAUCGCGAUGAAGGCGCUCGACUCCGACGUUCCAUGGCCUCAUCGAACCGUGGGCAACCCGCAACUUAG